UUCUCUCACUGCUGAAGCAGAUCCUCGCAAACACACUCCCACGUCCUAACACACACACACACACACACGAAAAUCCCCCUCAUACGAGGAAAGAGCAGUGUCGCUGGGUGAGAUUCGCUUUUUGCGCUUCACAGAGUGGAACCGCGAACUGUUUGUGGAGUUUGUGGGCUGGUUUUGUCGCGUUUAAUCCACUGAGGUCAUCUGGGACUCUCGAGGCGGGAAUGAGAGAGAUGCGCUCGAGCGCUCACUGGACUUUCACUCUGUGAGGAGCAAACAGGUGAAGACAGCAGGAAAAAACAGUAGAGAUGAGUGGUGAGCUGAGACAGGGGGUGGUGACGACCCCUCCGCCCCCAAGCGUGGGGAAAAAGGAGGGCUACUUCGACCGCAUCAACGAAAACGACCCUGAAUACCUGCGUGCACGCAACAUGUCACCCGACCUGCGACAAGACUUCAACAUGAUGGAGCAGAAGAAAAGGGUCACACAGAUACUACAGAGUCCAGCAUUUAGGGAUGAGCUAGAGGGACUGAUCCAGGAACAGAUGAACAAGGGGAAAAACCCCACAGAGCUGCUCGCUCUGCGACAGAUCGCAGACUUCUUCAUGGCCAGCUCCGUAGCCGGCUUCUCCACCUCGCCCCUAAGUUUGGCCAUGGUGACCCCAAUUAAUGACAUGUUCAGCAUGGAGUCCAGUACUGUGGUGAAGGGAGAGAAACAGAUGCGCUCCAAACUGGCCAGCCUCUACAGACUAGUGGACCUGUUCAGUUGGGCACACUUCACAAACUGUUACAUUACAGUUCGUGUGAGUAAAGAGCAGGAUCAUAUCCUCAUCCUCCCCAGAGGACUGUCCUUCGCCGAGGCCUCUGCUUCCAAUCUGGUGAAGGUGAAUAUUCUUGGUGACGUGAUCGAUCAGGGCUCCACCAACCUGCAGAUUGACCCGGACGGCUUCAGCCCUCACGCUGCCAUCUACUCCGUGAGACCGGACGUGCGCUGCAUCAUUCACAUACGCACACCAGCCACUGCUGCCGUGUCGUCUAUGAAGUGCGGCCUUCUGCCCAUCUCUCAGGAGGCUCUGAUCCUGGGUGACAUUGCGUAUUACAACUACCAAGGCAGUCUGGAUGAGCAAGAGGAGCGCGUAGAGCUCCAGAAAGCCCUCGGACCAUCGGCGAAGGUGUUGGUUUUAAGGAAUCACGGGGUCGUAGCUCUCGGGGAGACCAUUGAAGAGGCCUUUCACUACAUUUACAACACUCAGCUUGCCUGUGAAAUACAAGUGAAUGCGCUGUCGUGCGCUGGCGGAGUGGAGAACCUGAUCGUGUUGGAUCUGGAGAAGUACAGAUCUCGGACACAGGGGGUGGCAGAAGCCGGGGUCAACAUGGGCUCUCAGCACAAGUGGAGGCUGGGAGAGCUGGAGUUCGAGUCGCUCAUGAGAAUGAUGGACAACCUGGGUUACAGGACAGGCUACACGUACCGGCACCCGAUUGUGCGGGAGAAGCCGCGGCACAAGAGCGAAGUGGAGAUUCCUGCAACAGUGACAGCUUUCAUGUUUGAUGACGACGACGCUCCACGUUUCCCUCUGAGGUUACUGCAGCAGCGACAGCAGAGAGAGAAAACCCGCUGGCUCAAUUCACCCAACUGCUACAUGAAGGUGAACGUGUCGGACCGGGCGAGCGAGGAGAACGGACGCACCAGGACCAUGUGGAUGAAGUCAGAUGACGGUGGAAACACCAGCGGGACUCCAAUCCGCAUUGAAGAUCCAAAUCAGUUUGUUCCUCUGAACACGAACCCCAAUGAAGUUCUGGAGAAGAGAAAUAAGAUUCGUGAGCAGAACCGGUUUGACAUGAUGACAGCAGGGCCACAGUCACAGCGGCUGGCAGGGAUUGUGGUGGAAAGACCGCCGCCGUACAUGGGCGACGACGAGGAACAGACGCUUCCUCCAAACCCCUUCAGUGAGCUGAGCGAGAAAGAGCUGGAGAAACAAGAGGAACUUCAGCAGCACGGAUUAGAUGAAGAAGAGCAGCUCACGUCAGACGACGCUUCCACACUCUCUCAAACCCUGUCUCCACAAAACACUCCAGCUAAAGAAGAGAACCACAGCGGCGUGAUGCUGAACGGUAAAGACGCUCACGGUGACGAGGACGAGCUCAUCAAGCGCGUCAGUCAGCUGACCACCAGCCUGGAAAGUGUAGAGAUCAGCGUGCGCUCGGGAGAGAAGAUCGAAGAGGCUCUGACGCCCGAGAGCUCGCCCUCCAAAUCACCCAACAAGAAGAAGAAUAAGUUCAGGACCCCGUCCUUCCUGAAGAAGAACAAGAAGAAAGAGAAAGUGGAAGCCUAGAGGAAGCAGUCAAUCCAUCUGUCCUUUUAUGCUUUUACGUUUGUUUUUGAAAAAACACGGCACGUUAUUUUGGGAGUCGGUGAGUAGACGGAGCGUCAUCUGUUUUUAAGAGACGUGCCAGGAUUAUAAAAUGAGAUUUUUACAGGAAGAGAAGCGAGGGGAAACUCCUGGGAAACUGGCUUUUCUCUCCUGAUGGACUGGAAAUGUUCCUGUACAAUGAGUUUAUCUCAUGAGCCCAUACUGCAAUCUUUUUCAUACUGUAUGUUUAUUAGAGUCUCGCCCCGUGUCAUGUUUCUCCAGCUGUAGCUGAACGGUUAGGAGUAUUUGGAGACUCUGAAGAAUCACACUGGAACCGUUCGGGGGUUAUUUUAGCAGGGUUUGUUUGACGUCGCCUGCGAUGGUCUGAUCCUGUGUAGAGUCACUCCAGUCUCCUCUCCGUACUGUUCUUUGCCAAACAAAAAGAUUCAAUGGCUAAAAAAGCAGAGCAAUCACGUUUUAGUGAACAUCACCUCUUCAUCUCUUCUGAAAUAUUUUAGCUUUUUUUUUUUUUUUUUUUUUAUUGAAACGAUUUAGUUUUUAUCCAUACAGUUUUGUACUCGUUUCUAUGCUUUAACACCGAAAAUACACAAUCUGGAAGCAUGUUUUGCUAGUCUGACUGCAGUGCCUGACUUCUCAACCGUGUAAUAGCUCAGAUUACUUAACAUGUAAUGGAAAUAUAUGCAAACUAGAGUGAUGAUAUAUAUAUAUAUAUAUAUAUAUAUAUAUAUAUAUAUAUAUAUAUAUAUAUAUAUAGUGUUGCCCUUUUAAUGUGGGAUACAUAACAAACGAAAAAACAAAACAGGAGAUCUAAAGCCAAAGAGGCGUGAUAUGAAAACAUGAGAAAUGUUUUAGCAUCUAGAAAAAGGGUCGAGAAGGGAAACUUGUUAACACGUAAGGAAAAAAUAUAUAUAUUUGUAAACUGUAUUUUUGAAGAAGUCUCAGUCCCACAGCAAAGUACUGUCUCUCAUGAGUCCCAUCACCUCAGACGUUUGAGCUUCAUUCAUUAUAUCACCUUAUGACAGCCAUAAGUCAUCCCAUAACCAUCCAACAGAGUUACAAAGUUUGAGAAGCAGCAUUGUGCAGUGUGCUUCUUACAUCUAAAACUGGAUCGAUUUACUCCUCUUCCCUCCAGUUCCCAUGAGAUCAGAAGGUGCUUGUUUUGCCCAUUUUAAAGCACCCCGCCACAUGAGAUCACACCCGUGCUAAUCUCUCGUGGCUUAUAUUAGCAAUUUGACCUCAGUUUGAACUCUGUUAGGGCCGAAUGUAGUGAUCAUAGAUCCUGUAGGAGGAGGAAGAGGAGGAACCACUGAAAGAGAGAGAGAGAGAGAGAGAGAGAUGAAUAUCCCAGUGGGCAAUGUGAAGGACUGGCUUGGGACGGAGAGAGAAAGCUGUGUAAACAGCAUGUGCUUUUGAACGCGAGCCAGACGUGGACUAACACAAGCUGCACAUGGUCGAGUUUAGAGAGAACCGGGCGGGCGGGAAGAUUAACUCGUUUUAUUGCUUUAACUUUUUCUUUUUGCUCCGGUUUCCAUUGCAUUUGUUGCUUUUCCCCGUCUCCUGACCGUUUUGCACCUUGUUUUACUAAUGCCUCUCUGUUGUAGUCUGGUUCAGAAGACUCUUUGUGAUCUGUGAAAUCUUAUAUAAAUGGUUAUCUAACGGACUUGCUUCUAGAUGUAUUGCUAAUCAGUGUAAAUUCACAAAUAAACUAUUUUAAGAAGCAAA